UGACAUAGAAAUAACGCUAUACGAGUAAGUAAAUUUUAAAUAUAAAUCUGAGCACUAUAUUGCAUUGUUCAUUGAAUUAUAUUAAUAAAAUAUUAACAAUUGUAUUUUACACAUCUAAUAUAAUUAUUAUCUUAUUUACUGUUAACUAGAGUUUGAAUUUCAAAGAUAGUACAUUAAGUUAAAAUAGAUGGCGUUAUUUUGGACUAAAAAGAUAUAAUCGAAAUAAAACAGGGCGACAAAGAACCUAAACGUACUAUAAAUGGUAGUUAUAUCUUUGACUUUUUCCAUGAAAAUGAAAUAAUAACUGAUAAGGUAAUAUCUUAAUAAUUUAAAUUGCAAAUAAAGCAUUAAAAUGGAUGAGGCAAAAUUUCUAAAACGAAAAGUAAGGUCUGGCACUUUAGAUGUGCAUCCGACAGAAAAAGCUUUAGUAGUAAAUUAUGAUGUUGAGGCAUUAAUUUUGGGUGAAUUAGGAGAUCCUAUGUUGGGAGAUCGUAAAGAAUGUCAGAAAAUAAUUCGUCUGAAAAGUUUAAAUGCAGACACAAAUGUAUCACUUUUAGCUAAAGAAGUUAUUGAAAAAUGUUCUCUGAUACACGAAUCAAAGCUUCGUGAAGUAGAACAAUUGAUUUAUUAUCUUCAGAAUCGUAAAACAAAUGACAGUAUGAACAGUGAUAACAAUUCUCAACCUUCAAGACCAGCAUCAUCAAAUUCGGUAUCUACAGAUAAUAGUGAAACAGAACGUGCUGUUAUUAGCAAUGUUGAUAAUUAUAUUGAAUUGUUAUAUGAAGAAAUACCAGGAAAAAUCAAAGGUUCAUCAUUAAUUUUACAGUUAGCAAGAGUACCUGAUAAUCUUCAUGAAUUAACAAAAAAUGAAUCUUUAUUAAGUGCUUUAGCCAGAGUUCUAAGAGAAGAUUGGAGGAGAAGUAUAGAACUAUCUACAAAUAUCGUGUAUAUUUUCUUUUGCUUUUCAACAUAUAGUCAAUUUCACAAUAUUGUUCUUGAAUAUAGAAUUGGAUCUUUGUGUAUGGAUAUAAUUGACUUUGAAUUACGUCGAUAUGACCAAUGGAAAGAGGAUAUGGAAAAACGUAGGCGUCAUUUUGAAAAUACUACAGGAUUGACAUUUUUUUUAACUGGAAACGAUAAUUGUGACAAGAAAACAAAAAUUGUGGAUGAUAUUUGGAAUACAGAUGGCCCUUUAGAUUAUGAAAUUAAAAAACGAUCUAAUGAAGUAACUGUUACUGUAACUGAAAACGAUGUAAAAAAAUUAAAAGAGGAACUCGAAAAAAAUCGUAAAAAAUUCAAAAGUUUAAUAAAAAAACAAGAACAAUUAUUACGAGUUGCAUUUUAUUUGUUAUUAAAUAUCGCCGAAAAUAUGGAAGUUGAAAGAAAAAUGCGUAAAAAGAAUGUAAUUGGUAUGCUUAUUAAAACAUUAGAUAGGACAAAUAUGGAUUUGUUGAUCCUCGUCAUUGCAUUUUUGAAAAAGUUAUCUAUAUUUCGCGAGAAUAAGGAUCUCAUGGCUGAAGAAAAUAUUAUUGAAAAGAUUCCAAGGCUGCUUCAAAGUAAUAACGCAGAUCUUGUUCUAAGUACUUUAAAAUUAUUAUUUAAUCUUUCCUUUGAUGCAAAGCUUAGAGCAAAAAUGAUAAGAGUAGGUUUAUUACCAAAGUUAAUUAAACUACUUGGGCAAAGUGACAUUAAAAAUAAAACCACAAUUUUGGGUUUAUUAUAUCAUGCUAGUAUGGAUGAUAAAGUAAAAGCUAUGUUUAUAAAUACUGAAUGUAUCCAAAUGAUCAUAAAUAUGAUUCUAAAUACUGAAGAUGAUCAACUAAAAUUAGAAUUAAUUGCACUUGGUAUAAAUCUGGCAAUUAAUGGUAAAAACGCGCAACUUAUGGUAGAAAAUAAUCGUUUGCAAGGUCUCAUAAAAAAAGCUUUUCGAACUCAAGAUCCUUUAAUCAUGAAAAUGAUUCGAAAUAUUUCUCAACAUGAUUCAACAAAAGAAAAUUUUGUUGAAUUUGUGGGUGAUUUUGCUAUGGCCUUAAAUCAAUCAGAUUCUCAAGAUUUUGUACUUGAAGUUAUAGGUGUGCUAGGAAAUUUAGAAUUAUCUGAUUUGGAUUAUUCACAAAUACUUCAUCGGUGUGAUUUGAUACCAUGGAUACGCAAUAAUCUUGUUCCAGGUAAAGCUCCAGAUGAUUUAGUACUUGAAAUUGUAAUAUUUUUGGGCACUGCCGCAUUCGAUGAAGAUUGUGCACGUUUACUGUGCAAAGCUGAUAUAUUGCUUUCUCUUAUUGAACUCCUUAAAGCAAAACAAGAGGAUGAUGAAAUGGUUUUACAAAUAAUUUAUGUUUUUUAUCAAAUAUCUAAACAUGAUUCGACAAGAGACUAUUUAAUACGCGAGACUGGUAAUGAUGUGUGAUAAAAAUUGGGCAGCUCGUAUAAAAGUAGAAAAGUUUAGAUCGCAUAAUCAACAAUGGUUGGAAAUGGUAGAGUCUAUAACAAAUGAUACCAGCAGUCACUUAUUACCGGAAGAAGAUGAUAGCCUUUCUCCAUUUAUGAAUGGUGAUCUUUUAAAGCAUACAAUGCUUUUUCCUUCAGGUAUAAAGAUUUUGAUGAAUUGGGUGAACUUAUGGCACGUUCUAAAUCUCGUAUGUCCGGUUCUGGUGUGGACGAUCUUUAUUAUAAUUCUAAAGUUAAAUUUCCUGAAUCAGACAGUUCUCACGUAUUAAUAUAAAGGUAUUCAAUAUUAUAGAGAAUUAUAACUACAUAACUUAACAGUCUUAUUGAUACAAUUUGUUAGCAUAUGUUGUCUUUUUAUUUUAGGAUAUAUUAUAUUCAAUUAAAGCGACAAAAUUAACGUCUAUAGCAACUUCUAUAGUUUAUUAUAUAUAUAUAUUUUUUAUUUAUUACAUAUAUAUAUUUAUUCGCAGAAGAAUCUUAAGAAAUUUUAA